UUCCAUCACCAUCGAACUUGUCCAUUCCGUCACCGUCGUGCUUCAAUUCGUCCAGCUCUCAGCUGUGUAUUAUUCUUCUCUUUCUGUAUUAUAAGUGAAGUUCCACUCGGAAGGUGCGUGCCUCUCUUUCCUUCUUUCGGUCAGUCCUUCUCGCCUACUAUUUGGAGCUCGGCUGGGAGCUCAAGGAUACAGCUUCCUCAACCUGGUGAGGUUGGGAGCUAGCCCCUGGACGGGUUACCAUGCUCAAAAGGGGGAAGCAAACACAAGGUGUUUGGGUGAUGAUUGCACCUGCUUUCCAUGUUUCCCAGUGUUAGGUGGUUGGCUUCACUUGUUGUUUCCGACAUCCCACUUCCUCGAAAAAAGAAGAUGGUACCAUGUCAGCCGGCAGUGAUGCUCUCACUGCUGCCAGUGGAGAUGGGCUGAGCCAACUUCGAUUCCAGUCCGUGGGACAAACAACGUGCUGCGCCAAUUGGCGUGCAGCUCGGCCCGCAUCUGGUUCCCCCUCCUCUGCAGGCUGGGGCAAUUCGCGAUCGCCACGGAUCAGAGGGAGGGAGGAUGGGCAUGAGGGGGUCAGCAAAGAAGUGGGAUGUCCAGUCUCGUUGUUCAGUGUCCCCUUCCCGGCAGCCAAGCGGUUGCUUGAAGACAAGAAUUGUCUCCCCCGUGUCUCUCUGUCACUGCCCUCAUCGUCUCAACUCUUCCUCCUCUUGCUACAAAAAGGCCAUGGCCACAUACAGAGUUGGCUUCGUCCUGAACGUUCACCGUCAUCUUGUUCGCCUCAAACCAUGCCCCACGCCAGCGUUGCUGGGGGUGCUGUACUAGCUGCUGAGCAACCAGACGGUGAGGGGCGGCAAAGCAUGACCCCCGCCAUGGUUGGACAACACCACAACAGGCCCCUCCUUUCUCACGUGAAGUAUACGUACCUGUUCAGGGAUAGCUUUUUUAUUGGUCCAUGUGGAGCACUAACCCAGUUUCUCGCCAGCCCGGAAAAUGUUUCGACCCCUCCUACCCCGCGGUUGCUCUGCUCUUCCUCGACCUUCCUCCCUCUUUCACCAACUUCCCACUGCUCCAUUCUCUUCCACCUUUUCGUCGUCUAUCCAAUCCAACAUCAGAAACUCCGUUAGAGCUUUCUCAGUCUCAUCAAUCAACAUGGCCCCUCAAGUCUUCUUCAAGGUCUCUUGGUCUGGUCCCACCGGCUUCGAUAGCCAGGGCCGCCCCAACAACGAGAUCGCCGAGCAGGAGGGUACUAUCAAGUUCAACCUCUACGACGACGUUGUCCCCAUCACCACCCGUAACUUCCGUGAGCUCUGCACUGGCCAGAACGGCUUCGGCUACAAGGGCUCUUCCUUCCAUCGCAUCAUCCCCGAAUUCAUGCUCCAGGGUGGUGACUUCACCCGUGGCAACGGCACCGGUGGCAAGUCCAUCUACGGCGAGAAGUUUGCCGACGAGAACUUCCAGAUCAAGCACACCCGCCCUGGUCUCCUCUCCAUGGCCAACGCCGGCCCCAACACCAACGGCUCCCAGUUCUUCAUCACCACCGUGAAGACCUCUUGGCUCGAUGGCCGCCACGUCGUCUUCGGCGAGGUUGCCGAUGAUGACUCCAUGCACGUCGUCAAGCUCCUUGAGGCUACCGGCUCCGGCUCCGGUGCCAUCAAGCCUGGUCUCAAGAAGCCCACCAUUGAGGACUCCGGUGAGAUCAACUAAAUCAACUAAAUCGAUGGUUGAUUUCGGAACGAAGGAGGGUGGUUCAGUGAUAUGGUUAGCAUAUUGUCUUGUGGACCUCUAGGAGGUUGGAGAAUAUAAAAGCACCACUUCAUUGGCCUUCACAUUGUUUCAUCCAUGAAUUAUUCUGCUGCCAGGUCGUUACCGACAUCUGGGACUAUGUUUGAAUGAAGUAGAUGGUAAACAAUG